AUGUACAGCUUGCUGCUAGCAGUCGGCUUCCUACUUGGUGGCCCGCUGUACGUGUCGGCGCAAUGCCCUGACUACGCGGACUACUCGACACAGAAACACGAGCCCUUUUCCGAGGGAAAGUACUCGCUUUCUUACCAAAGACCCAGCCCAUCAUGCCGAACAUUUAAUUCUUCCGACGUAGAGCAGACCAUACAGGAGAUGAGAGACAUAAUCAAGGACCCGGACCUCUACCGUUUAUUCGAAAAUACGUUCCCAAAUACUCUUGACACGACCAUCUCGUGGAAGGGAUUUGCCAGUGGAAAUGCAGAGGAAGAGCUCACCUUCAUCACCACGGGAGAUAUUGUAGCCAUGUGGCUGCGCGAUAGCGCCAAUCAGAUGCGCAGCUACAAGCCCUUGCUGGAGGCGAAUAGCUCUACUGAUUCGCUAGCGUCUCUAUUCCGAGGGGCUAUCAACCUCCAGGCUCGGUAUCUUCUUACAAGUCCACACUGCAACGCGUUCCAGGCUCCCGUAGAGUCGGGGAAACCACCGGAAGACAACAGUGCAGCAGAGACGGACACAGUCGUGCCCAGCUACGAUAAGAAUUUCGUGUUUGAAUGCAAGUAUGAGCUUGAUAGCUUGUCGGCCUUUCUCCAGCUCUCUUACGACUACUAUGACAAAACCCAGGAUAGUGAUUUCUUCGGAAAGUUCCAGUGGGUGAAGGCAAUAGAGACGGUUGUUACCACAGCGGAACAACUCCUCGUCGGCACGUAUGCCGAUGAUGGUCAUGUCAACGAUUCUCCCUACACUUUCCAACGGACCACGACUUCCGCCUCUGAGACAUUGCUCAAUAAGGGGGCUGGGUCGCCCGUUAAAGGGGGUACCGGCCUCGUCCGCAGUGCUUUCCGGCCGUCGGAUGACUCGACGAUUUUCCAGCUCUUCAUUCCUGCCAACAUGAUGUUCUCCAGUUAUCUUGGGAAAUCUGCGGCUAUCAUGGAGAAACACGACAGCGACUUGGCACAGCGAAUGAGCGACCUCUCGGCAAGCGUCCGCAAUGGGAUCGAGACGUACGGCAAGGUGCAACAUCCUACCUUUGGGGAGAUCUACGCGUACGAAAUCGACGGCUUCGGAUCGAGCAAUCUGAUGGACGAUGCCAAUGUUCCGAGUCUACUCAGCGCUCCAAUCAUCGAUUAUGUUGACGCCAGUGACAGCACUUACCAGAGCACGAGGAAAUUCGUCCUAAGCACGUCCGAUCCUUACUAUAUGCAUGGUCCAGUUCUGAAUGGGACUGGCGGACCUCAUGUUGGCCCUGGCAAGGCUUGGCCUAUGUCUAUCAUCGUUUCGCUGCUGAGCUCAGAUGACGACAAUGAAAUCAUCUCAGGGCUGAGGCAAAUAGUAUCAUCUACUAAUGAGUUAGGUUUGAUUCAUGAGUCUGUUGAUACCUUCAACGCAGCUCAAUGGACUCGUCAAUGGUUUUCUUGGGCAAAUGGACUUUUCGGGCAGCUACUUCUCGAUUUGAAGGACAGGAAACCGGGUAUCCUGUCGACCAGCUUCCAGGCAUAA